AAUCGCCGCACAUCUCUGCUUCGCAGUCGGAGUAGUAGCAGCGCUUCCAAAGACGAGCGCGCCAAAGACAUGAAGGAUGACAAGGACGAGAAACUGGUAGAGGCGUCGACGGAACGUGAAAAGAACAGAUCGAGGGCAAAUUCUUCUAUGCAGCCUAAGAUUCAGAACCUGGAUACAGGCGAGUCCAUCUCGCUGGACAAGAUCAUCAUUAAGACAUCAGAGCCUACGAUCAGCAACCAUGCUCACUGA